UGACCGGGAGGGGAAGACGUGUUUUAGUCUAGCAGUAGAGAAAGCAUCAUGUCCGGCUACAGGCAACAGCCCAUGGCCAGGGGCCGGGACUUUAACAGCAUCAUCCAGACAUGCAGCGGCAACGUCCAGAGGAUCACACACAACACUGCACAGAUACAGACCUUGCUAAAUCAACUUGGAACAAGCAAAGAUUCCACUAAACUCGAGCAGAAUCUGCAGCAGAUUCAGCAUUCCACUAAUGUUUUGGCCAAGGAGACCAAUACAUAUUUGAAGGACCUUGCUUCUGUUCCCACCCCGCUGUCUCCUGUUGAGCAGCGGCAACAGAAGCUCCAAAAGGAGCGUCUUAUGAAUGAUUUCUCGGCUUCCCUCAACCACUUUCAAGGCGUACAACGACUGGUGUCUCAGAAAGAGAAGGAGAGUGUUGCCCGGGCAAGAGCUGGCUCCCGUUUAUCAAACGAUGAGAGGCAGAAGGAAGAACAGCUUGUUUCCUUCGACAAUAAUGAUGACUGGAACCAGAUGCAGAGCCAGGGAGAGGACUUUGCAAUUACAGAAGAGGACCUUGAGCUUAUAAAGGAGAGGGAGAGCGCCAUACAGAAGCUAGAGGCAGAUAUUCUUGAUGUGAAUCAGAUUUUCAAGGAUCUAGCAAUAAUGAUUCAUGACCAAGGAGAAAUUAUAGAUAGUAUAGAAGCCAAUGUUGAAACUGCCGAUGCUCAUGUGGAGAGAGGAACGGAACAAUUACAAAGAGCAUCCUACUACCAGAAAAAGUCACGGAAGAAGAUGUGCAUCCUGAUCCUCGCUCUUGCCUCUGGAGCUGGAAUUUUGGCUCUGAUCUUGUGGCUGUCUUUGAAAUCCUGAGAGCAUUCCAUAUAAAUCUCCAGCUUGUGACAAGCAGCAAGAGAACCCCAUCUCCUUGACACAUCUCCAAUUAUCCCCUUAGUAUCCACGUCGAAAACAUUUUCUAGAACCUGCAAAAAGCAAAGUCUGAUUCCCAUGCUAGGCACCAAGGUUUAAUGAUCAGACUUGAAUAGCCAGAGCAAAUUGGUUGUCUAUGCAGUUGACAUAUUUAAUGGCUCCUUGUUUUAGAAUUGUCACAUUCAUAGACUAUUAUGAUUCCUAUUAUAUGAGAUCAAAUUGACUCACUCCACUGUAUCCUGAAGACCAUGCACUCGUCAAACGUCACACUUAUUUACCAAGGAGCUGUUAACCCCCAAAUGGAUUCAGUGUCUUUACCACCACCACCUGUAUAUAAAGCAUUUUUAGGUUAAGGUUAGGUUAAGAUAUUAUACCUGGAGAAAAAGUAAAAAAAAAAAAAAAUACAAAAAAAAAUACAAAAAACAAAAAAAACCCAUAAAACAUAAUUUUCUACUUGGAGAAGACUGGCACGGUUUUAUGUAGGAGCUGCACUGGGAGUAUGAUUAUUAUGCCUGUAUAAACCACUGAUGGACCUGAAUUUCAAGGCAAUACAGUUUGACCUGGAUUGUUAACUAUUAAAUAAAAUGUUGUACUGGAA